AAUAGACUAAGGAUAACCAAGUAAAGGGUAUUACGGCGCCGAUGCAACCAUCUCAAUUCCGCGUUGUUGUGAUUUUGCGACAACGUAGCCGCAUUCGACAUCCACAUAUCCACAUCCACGCUGGCUAUGGGGCACUGACCAUGCCCAUAAUUGAAUUAGCGGCCCUGAUUGAUUGACUCCCACGAUGCAGCAGCAGAUGACCCCAAUCCUCACCUGCGCGGUGCUCCUCCUGCUGGCCACCGGCGCCAGCUGCCAAAAGCAGUACUCCAAGGCAAGGAAGCUGGAGCUGAGGGAGGACGUGCGCCGCAUGUUCCAGCACGCCUACGAGGGCUACUUGCGUCACGCUUCCAACUACGACGAGCUACGCCCGCUGACCUGCGACGGCCACGACACCUGGGGCAGCUACUCCCUGACCCUAAUCGACGCCCUGGACACGCUGGCCACCAUGGGCAACUUCACGGAAUUCCGGCGCGUUACCCGGCUGCUCGAGGAGAAGAUGAACUUCGACCGCGACAUCAAUGUUUCCGUGUUCGAGACUAACAUCCGCAUCGUUGGCGGCCUGCUGUCCGCGCAUCUGCUCUCCAAACGAGCUGGCCUCGAGCUGGAGCAGGGCUGGCCCUGCAAAGGUCCUCUGCUCCGACUGGCGGAGGAUGUGGCCCGGCGAUUGCUGCCAGCAUUCGACACGAAUACCGGCAUGCCCUAUGGCACGGUUAACCUGCGCUACGGCGUGCCCAAGGGCGAGACAUCCGUGACCUGCACGGCGGGCGUGGGCACCUUCCUCAUCGAAUUCGGCACUCUGAGCCGGUUAACCGGGAACAGCAUUUACGAGGAGGUGGCUAUGCAAGCGGUAUAUGCCCUGUGGGGCUAUCGCUCGCCCAUUGGACUCUUUGGCAACCACAUCGACGUGCAGAGCGGCCGCUGGACAGCACUGGACUCGGGGAUCGGGGCAGGAGUGGAUUCCCUUUUCGAGUAUCUGGUAAAGGCAUCUGUUCUGCUAAAUCGCCCGGAGCUAUUGGAUCUAUUUCACGAGGCCCGCGCGGCCAUCGAUAAGUACAUGCGCAAAGAGGACUGGUACGUGUGGGUGGGCAUGAACAAGGGCCACGUCACCCUGCCCGUUUUUCAGUCCCUGGAGGCCUUUUGGCCGGGCAUCCUCAGCAUAAUUGGAGACACGGAGCCGGCUUUGCGCACCAUUUCGAGGUACAUUGGAGUGUGGAAGAAGUACGGCUUCCUGCCGGAGUUUUAUAACAUCGCUGCAGGGGAGGCAUCGCCGAAUCGGGAGGUGUAUCCCCUGCGGCCGGAGCUGAUCGAGUCGGCCAUGUAUCUCUACCGGGCCACGGGAAAUGAGUACUUGCUGGAGCUCGGCGAGCAUAUGCUGGAGACCUUGGAGUUCAGCGCCAAGACCAAGUGCGGAUAUGCUACGAUCCGGAACGUUGUCACCCAUGAAAAGGAGAAUCGUAUGGAGUCGUUCUUCCUGGCGGAGACGAGCAAGUACCUGUAUCUCCUGUUCGACGAGGACAACUUCCUGCACAACGAUGGCUCCGGAGGCGAGCUACUGUCCACCGAGGAUGAUGUGUGCGUGGUGCAGGCGGGUGCCUACAUUUUUAACACAGAGGCCCAUCCCAUGGACAUGUCAGCCCUCCACUGCUGUCAUGCCCACAAGGAGGACAUAUACGCCUCCCUGGAUCUGCAGCGUUUCAGUCCGCGGGCGAUAUUCGAGAGGAGCAGGGAACGGCAGGUGGCGGUGCAGGAUCAGUGGGUGCCGCAGUGUCAUCCGGAGAACUACGAGUACUAUUACAAGGAGCAGGACAAUGUGCAGGCCAAGGAAAGUGGAAGGGAACAGGGACGCGAGCAAGCCGGAGCUACCACUACCAUGGCUGUGGACAUUGAGGUUUUCGACGAGUUUCAACAGCCCGCCGGCGAUCUGCUUGUGAGCAACUUUGAGCGGAUACGCGAAGAGCGGGAGCUCAACGAGAGCCUGCAGAGAAGCGAGGUCCCGCGUAACCAGUUGACUGUCAGCGAUCUGGAUGAGUUUUUUGCCCAACGAAGGGAGAAUUUCGGUAGCGCCUCCGAAGCUCUAAAGUAUGUACUGGCCUUCAUGGGUAACUACACCAUGGAUGUGGCAUUUAUCCGAGGCCUGCAGCUGUACAAUGCUAACAUCAGUAGUGUCUUAGGCACGGGUGCCCAAAAGGAGUACGAGUCACGAAUGAGGUCCCUUUGGCAGCUGUACGAACUGGAGCAGCAAUAUGUGGCCAAUGUUCGACUGAUCCAGGGCUUGGGCUUGCUCACCCUCCAGGUCGACGGUGAGCAGAUGCGCAGUUACUUGGUGGAGGUGUUGGAUAGUCUGGAUAGGCCGGCUACCUUGGAGGAGCAGGAUCCGCAAGAUUUUCAGCCGAAAUCUUCAGCCAAUGCCUCUUCGCCCCAGUUAAGUAAUAUAAGAGAAGUUAUUGUAAAGGCGCGAAAUGCCUAUGCCAUAGCCUUGGUAAAUACCACGGCCAUGCAGGAGUUUGCCAUCCGCAUUUACCUCAGUGGCACAUCGGAGGGCGGUGUACGUAUUCACCCACUGCUAGAGCCUGCAGAACUGAGUCGGGAUGAACUGAUGAAGCCACAUAAGCUGGCGGAGGAGCGCACUCUCUUCAGCUACGCCCGUCGAAUAGUGGACUUUCGAAAGCGCAUGGCAGAGACAGUGGGCCGUCUGCAGACGCUCAUGCAGGACAUUCCGCCAGACAAGAGUAAAGAGGGCUCUGACGAUUCUCAGGCCACCAAAGCGGAUGCAGCCACAGUUUACGCUCAAACCGAAGCCAAAGUGGCGGAGGCGAAGGCCCAGCAGCACGAUCAGAAGUUGGAAACGAGGCAGCCAACCCAAAUGCAAAAGGAGAAGCCAACAGAAGAUGGCUCGGGAUCGGGAUCGGGGCAAGAGGAGUCUGGCUCCGUGUGGUCGCAGUUUGUGCAGACCAUUCUGCGAAAGACAACCGUGCAGCGGGUCAAGUUCGACGAGGCCGUGCUGCUGGAAAAGACGCGGAAGGCCUUGGAGAAGCACGCCCACAAGGAGCAGCCCCACCACCUGUUCGCCUGCCAACGUCCGGAGUACAUUGAGGGUUUUGCCUAUCGGGACUUCUAUCCGGAAGCGCUGUAGUUUCGCAACCACCUCGACAACUUAACACGACUGAUCUGUAGAUAUGUAUUUAGGUAGUUAAGGGGUAUUCGCUCUGUGGUGGAUGGACAACCAUAUAGAUAACUCUCAUUGAGCUUUGAUUCCCAUUGAGGAAACUUUUCCAAUGAAUGGCGUUUGGCAAAAUAGUUUUGGAUCCUGCAAAUAUACCUCAACCUUGUUAGAGAACCAUCAUCUCAUAGAGUUCCCUAGAAAGUUACCGAUCUUUAUAGUUUUAGAACUGGAUAUGAAAUCUGUUUUUUUUAUAUUUCAAAACUGAACAUGCGCUUUUAUUGCAGUUAUACUCAGUUUUAUGUAAAAACCAUGUAUAGAUUAUACAACUUUUCCUUAAAAUUAAGAAAUGAUAAAGUUCAUACUAUUUUUCUUACAAAUCUGUUGACUUACAGUUUUGCUACAUUAAAGACGAUAACUUAAACAUGUGCGAAUUCCCCUUUAGCAUGCCGAACGCCAAGUGGAUCCACUUGUGCCGGCAAUUAAUUUAUUAAUCUAUAAAUCCCACUAACUUUUUUCGUGGCUUACUCAAGACAUUACCAAGGCUCUAUACAUAUUAUAUCUGUAAUAAUCGUAUUUAGGAUUCGUGAGUUUGAGUGUGCGUGUAAAAUAUUUUCAAUGACUGUUGUUAGCUGUAUUGUAAUUAAAUUGAUUUGUUUCCGUAUUUAUGCAUUCAAUUAGAUUCGAUUAGGGUGAAAUAGGCGACAUCGAGCAGGUUGCACAACCCAAAAGGCAUAUAAAGGAUAUAA